AUGGGAGAGGCGUGUGUCGGGGAGUGGCGUGUGUCGGGGAGUGGCGUGUGUCGGAGUGGGGGGGAGUGGCGUGUGUCGGAGAGGGGGGGGAGUGGCAUGUGUCGGAGAGGGGGAGGGGCGUGUGUCGGAGAGGGUGGAGGGGCGUGUGUCGGAGAGGGUGGAGGGGCGUGUGUCGGAGAGGGGGGAGAGGCGUGUGUCGGGGAGUGGCGUGUGUCGGGGAGUGGCGUGUGUCGGAGUGGGGGGGAGUGGCGUGUGUCGGAGAGGGGGAGGGGCGUGUGUCGGAGAGGGUGGAGGGGCGUGUCGGAGAGGGUGGAGGGGCGUGUGUCGGAGAGGGUGGAGGGGCGUGUGUCGGAGAGGGGGGAGGGGCGUGUGUCGGAGAGGGGGGAGGGGCGUGUGUCGGAGAGGGGGGAGGGGCGUGUGUCGGAGAGGGGGGGAGGGGCGUGUGUCGGAGAGGGGGGAGGCGUGUGUCGGGGAGGCGUAUAG